GCCACAGUGGGAAUUAGCUACAAAACUCGGCUGAAUGAAGACCUAUUAGUGUUUUAAUAAACACAGUUUGAUAAUUAUACAGUUAUAUAUUUAUAUAUUUCGCUCCGAACAGAAUAUCUAGUAGCGUCAGAGAAAGAUUUCAAGCUAUACUACAGAUACUAGUACCACAUAGGCUGUCUUGAAGAACAAUAUUUCCUAAUAUAUGGAUGUCUAUAUAUGGCGUAGAUAUACUGUUUGAAACAACAUGUAUCAAUGAACUUGCUUAAGUUUAACGGAAACCGAAAACUUAUAUAACGUAUAGUGCUUACGAUGCAAGAAGCGUAAGAUUAACUGCAUGUAUUUUUCUAACAGGUAGACAGCGCGUAAAAUAUGGCAGCAUAUGAUCUAGGAUAUGAUGAAGAAAGGUUUGUGACUCAAGUGAACCGGAACUUUCAUUGCUUGAUAUGUUUGAACGUACUGAAAAACCCGGUAAUGUGCCAGAGAAAUGAACACUGUUUCUGCCGAGGCUGUAUUACUGAACAUCUUCGUCGAAAUGCUCAAAGAUGCCCUACUUGUGCGGAAAACUUAACCGUAGCCACAUUGACCGACGCACCGAGAAUGGUCAAGGAUUAUUUGUCAGAAUUACCUAUUCAUUGUGAUAAUCAGGAUAGAGGUUGCCAAGAAAUUAUUCAGCUGCAAAACCUUGGUGUCCAUGUUGCAGAGUGUGGGUUUAAACCGGUCGUUUGUGUACACCAAGGCUGUGGUAUGACCAUCAAUGAACGCGAUCGAAUUUACCAUGAGAGUGAACAUAGGAAGCUACAAUGUCAUAACUGUGACGAAAUGAGCAAAUUGAUGGCCGGUAUGCAGAGGGAUUUGGCAAAAUUGCAGACGAAUGUGACGACCGUAGAAACAAAGGUUGAUAGAAAUAUGGCGAAUAUGGAGAAUAAUGUGGCGAAUAUAGAGACUAAUGUGGCGAAUAUGAAGAUAGGGAUGAAUAACAUGCAGUCCAAUAUGACCACUCUAAAUAUGAAUAAGGUGCCAACCAUGCAAAUCAAUAUCAGGAAGUUGCAGAGGAACACCGAAGCAAAUUUUGAAACAGUAAAAAGCGAAGUAAAAGAACUCGAAAGAACUUUAAAUCACGUUAAUGAUGGAUAUGAAAACUUAAAAGUAACAUUACUAGAGAAGAUAGAGGGCUUAGAAAAGAAGCAAGAGGAGAUUUCGAGUGAUGUCAGACAUAUAUCAAUUGGUUCCAAGGAACAGCAAGGUACCGGUAUUGUCGUUGCUGGUGGUUUGGGCGAAACCUCGGUAGAAAUAUACAACGCAAGCCAAAGAUCUUGGUCACUUCUGGAAUCGAUGCCAGGCAAGCGUUUCCAAGCCUCCUCGUUCGUUUACAAGAAACAUGUGACUAUAGCUGGGGGUUAUUGCUCAGCUGUCGCCGUGAAUGAUAUGAUUAGGACAAAUAUUCAUCCCAAACCAGAUCCCUCGACAGAAUGGAAAGAUUUUUCAGCAAAAUUGCCCGGCAGGCUGGUUGGCCACACCAGUGUAUUGUUCAACGAUAGCUUGUACAUGACUGGAGGGUGGAAUGAAGACGAAGAAGCAUGCUCAGAUAGCAUUCACGAAGUGCAUCUUCAACCACCUUACGCUGUUGAGUUGGUAGGCGAAAUGCCAGAACCAAGGGAAGGGCACUGCACGGAGCUAUUCAACGACAAUAUCUUUAUCUUUGGGGGAAACAAAACAGGUAUUUUCAGAAACAGGUGGAAUAGGUAUAGUCAAGGUAGAAUACAGGUAGGAAAGUGGCAGACAUGGUAAAUAGGUACAAGAAGCCAGGUAUUGCUUACAUUGUUACAUAGAACAUUGAGCUGCCAAAGUUAUGUCCAUGCAGUCUUACGCUAAUUGCUAUCUAUCUCUAAAUAAACUAUCUAUCUAUCUAUCUAUCUAUCUAUCUAUCUAUCUAUCUAUCUAUCUAUCUAUCUAUCUAUCUAUCUAUCUAUCUAUCUAUCUAUCUAUCUAUCUAUCUAUCUAUCUUUAGGAAUGAAUCAACACAAGCUUAGCAGUGUUGAAUUCUUUGACAUCAAUAGGAAAGAAUGUCGAGAGCUGAAACCAUUACCUUACCCCGUGGCACACAUGGCGACAGUAAAGUGGAGCGAUAAUGUUCUAGUUAUUGGUGGAACAGAUAAUCACGGCAAAGUAUUAAACACUGUAGUUAUCUACAACGUUAAGACUGGGGAAAGUCAUAUGUUGCCUCCAAUGAAACAUAAGAGGAAAGGAUGUACUGCAUCUGUUCUUGGAAAUACUAUCGUUGUUAUGGGCGGCGCUGAUGAUGGAGAGAAUAUAUUAAAGUCUGUGGAAGGUUUUAGGUUUUGAGCGCUAUUGCUGGGAACAGCUUCCCGAGAUGAAUGAAAGCAGAUAUGGAGCUACAGCUGUUGUAAUACAGUAGAACGAGCAUACAUGUUGUAUCUCAAAUUUGCAUAGUACGUAAUACUGCUGCAGAACAUUGAACGAAGUAGCCAACUGUAAAUUAUCUAAUUGAGUUAUUAGCUUUUGAGUUUGAACAUUAUAUUUAGUCAUGAAAUAAGUACCAUACAUCGUUGUUAGACUUCUCCAAUUAGUAAAGUUGAUGUUUAUAUGUAUUUUAGUCGAAGUAAAAUAAAAUUAAUGUGAUCACAAAUAAUUAGAGUGAAGAAUUGUUAAGAGGAUGUUAAUCCGCUCAAAACUAACGAAUAUACUUUUCCACUUGUUUACGACUAUAUUCAAAAACGGCAAACAAACUUAAGAAGUAUGUUUAGUGCUUUAUCU